UCGCUGAGCGCUGAUUCAGACAGAAGGCGGGUCUCCGAGUGGUGCGGUAGUGGGCGGGGCUUGGAGCGGUGACGUAGCCGGCGGUUGUUGACGUGGCCCUCGCAGUGUUCGGUGUAUCGGUGAGGCGGAAGGAUGAGUGAGCCCCAUAAGCAGGACAUUGCCGCAAUCUUCAAGCGGCUCCGCUCAGUCCCCACUAAUAAGGCAUGCUUUGAUUGUUCAGCCAAGAACCCCAGCUGGGCCAGCAUCACAUAUGGCGUCUUCCUAUGCAUCGACUGCUCGGGAACACACAGAUCUUUAGGAGUGCACCUUAGUUUUAUUAGAUCAACUGAAUUGGACUCCAAUUGGUCAUGGUUUCAGCUUCGAUGCAUGCAAGUCGGUGGAAACACCAAUGCGACCAUCUUCUUUCGACAACAUGGCUGCACCACAAGUGACACAAAUGCGAAAUACAACAGUCGUGCAGCAAACCUGUACAGGGAGAAAAUCAAAACACUCGCAUCACUAGCAACAAGGAAACAUGGCACUGACCUUUGGAUAGAUGGCUCUGGAGUCCCACCUCUGUCUCCGCAACAGAAGGAAGAAGAUUUUUUUGCUGCACACGUAGAGGUCAGUGAUACAAGUAACACGGACUGGACACGGCCUUCGAUGACAUUCGAAUUCUCUCAGAAUCCUUUGGAACACGUCACUGAAAGCAAAGAAGUUUCAGGUGAUCCAGAGAUUGGACCAAGUGUGGAUUGCCUGAGUGCGUCUCCAAAAGCAUCUUUAGAAGUCAGUUCCUCGCUGAUUAAGAAGAAGACUGGCCCAGCCAAGAAAGGGCUUGGUGCCAAGAAAGCAGGCAUGGGAGCUCAGAAAGUGAGUGGAAAAAGCUUCAGCGACAUUGAGAAGCACGCUCAGGCUGUAGAUAAGCUGAAGGAGCAGGAACUGACCAAUACCACCAAGAAGACAGAUGAGCCGGUGGUCACUUCUCUACGCCUGGCCUACCAGGAGUUGGAAAUCCAGAAGAAGAAAGAGGAAGAGAAACUGAAAAACAUGCCCGCUGGCAAGAAAGCAGAAGCAGACCGUCUCGGGAUGGGAUUCAGCGGCCGCAGUGGAAUCUCUCAUUCAGUCCUUGCUGAGAUGCAGACUAUUGAGCAGGAAGCUCCAAGGAACUCCAAACCCAAAAAGAUUUACCAAGAGGAGGAGCCAGAUGACUUCUUCUCCAGUUCCUCGCGGUCUCGAUACCGGGAGGACUCGCUGGACCCUGUCAGUUCUUCUUUUAUGAAGUGGGAUGAGAAGUCGGAUGAUUUUUGGAAGAAAGAUACGUCCAGCGCUGAUUUCGAUAUAACAUUUAGUUCCAAAUCUGCAAUCCGCUAUGAUGACAGACCCGCCACUCGCCGUAAGCACGACAUAGAACCGGUCCCCGUUACAGACGACGCUCAGAAGAAGUUUGGAAACGCCAAGUCCAUCUCCUCUGACAUGUACUUCGGAAAGCAAGACAAUGCCGAUUAUGAGACCAGAGCUCGGCUGGAGAGACUCUCUGGAAAUGCUUCCAUCAGCUCUGCUGACUUGUUUGAUGAGCAGAAAAAACAGCCUGGAGCAUCAAAUUACAGCCUGUCCAAUGUUUUGCCUUCUGGGCCAGAUAUGGCGAAUCUUAAGCAAGGUGUGAAAUCGGUGGCGGGGAGGCUUUCUGUACUAGCCAACGGUGUGAUGACAACCAUUCAGGACCGGUAUGGCUCUUAAUGGCAUAAAUGACCACUGUGGGCAUGAAGACUGGAUACUGGCAUAACGUACAAGGA